UUACUUUGCCCUUUGCGGGAGAUGAGAUUCAGCCUCCGCCGAGAGACGACCAGGGAACGGGGGAGGAAACUUUGUGAGCACGCUGUGAAAUCUGCUGAAUUCAGGAUUAUCUGCGGGUCAUGGACGGGUUCGUCUAGUUGGAGUUUUUUUGCAGAUUCCCGGGUUGUGCGCCUGCAGCAGAGCGGACCGCGCAGUGCGACUCCAGGCGGCUCUGAAGGAAACCAUAUCUGGUCAAAGUAUUCGUUGCUGUCACCCAGCGGGACCGUCCGGCUAUAAAUAGCGCUGGAGGAGGUCUGUCUCUUUCCCAGGAGCGCUGCUACAGGCACUUGGCUGCCUUUUGCUGUUAUUUUACCCCUGAGCUGGGGGUCAUUGAGGCUUCUGAUCUCCUACAUUUUGUCUUUCUUAUUUGCAGGGGUGAUUGAGGUGUGCUGUCCAACAUGUCGGUGUUGAGGAAGGAGAUGGAGAAGUACAGGGACAUAGACGAGGACGAGCUGCUGAAGAAACUAUCGGAGGAAGAGCUGCAGCGAUUAGAGGAUGAAUUAGAGGAGCUGGAUCCUGAUAAUGCAUUGUUGCCAGCUGGGAUGCGGCAGAAGGACCAGACCAAGAAAGCUCCGACAGGAACGUUUCAGAGAGACAACCUGCUGGCCCAUCUGGAGAAACAGGCCAAAGAGCAUCCUGACAAAGAAGACCCGGUGCCCUUCACAGGGGAGAAGAGAGGGAAAGCCUGGGUGCCUAAAAAGAUGGUGGACCCCAUCAUGGAGAAUGUGACUCUGGAGCCAGAGCUAGAAGAAGCCCUGGCUAGUGCUUCUGAUGCUGAGCUCUGUGAUAUUGCAGCCAUCCUGGGUAUGCACACCCUGAUGAGUAAUCAGCAGUACUAUGAGGCCCUGGCGAGCAGCACCAUAGUCAACAAGCAAGGCCUCAACAGUGUGAUCCAGUGUACCCAGUAUAAACCAGUCCCUGAUGAAGAGCCCAACUCCACUGACGUAGAAGAGACCCUGUUGAGAAUGAAGAGUAACGACCCUGAUCUGGUGGAGGUUAACCUCAACAACAUCAAGAACAUCCCCAUCAGGACUCUGAAAGCGUACGCUGAGGCUCUGAUGAAGAACACUGUGGUGGAGAGGUUUAGUAUUGUAGGAACCAGGAGCAACGACCCUGUAGCAUUUGCCCUGGCAGAGAUGUUAAAGGUGAACACGACGCUGAAGAGCCUGAACGUUGAGUCCAACUUCAUUACAGGGACUGGAGUCCUGUCCCUCAUAGAGUCACUGCAGAAUAACACCACACUACACGAGCUCAAGAUAGACAAUCAGAGCCAGCCGUUAGGCAACAAGGUGGAGAUGGAGAUAGCCAGCAUGCUGGAGAAAAACACCACGCUGUUGAAGUUUGGAUAUCAUUUCACCCAGCAGGGCCCGCGCCUCCGAGGCUCCAAUGCCAUGAUGAACAACAACGACCUGGCUCGGGUCGUCAGGUCAGAGUCGGACGGCUCCUUCACCCUUACUCUGUCUGUCCCUGAGCUGGAGAGAGCCUUUGGGAAAAAGUUCAAGUCUAAGACUAAUAAGAAAGAGAAGGCUUGAGGGAGGACCCAUCUUUCCUAAGUGUCGGACGAAUGUGUAGAAACCAGGGCUACUCUCAACCCUCCCUUCGCCUUCGGCCCCUACCAUCUUUUCAAACCCCGUCCUGUAACCCUCUCCAGCCUCACACCCUCCGAUGGUCUACCCAGAAGACCACACCCAUCACAACAGGUUCAAUUGUCUCUGAGCUCUUUCUACUUUCCAGACCCUUUUUUUUUUAGUAGAUAUUAAAGGAUUCAAUGGGAUUAAUCAGCAGUGUCCUUCUGAGCUUUCAGGGCAUGCAAAAGGGGAGAUUUUGUGCUUAUUUUUGUACUCUGAAUUUUGAAUUUUGACUUGGGUUUCAGACAUAGACAUUUGCUGUAGCUCUUUAUGCACUCUAACAAGGUGAGGCUGUGUCAUCCUAAUUCCAUUAAUAUCUCCUCAAAUGUCUAGAUUCCUUAAUAAAGGGGUUUGGAGGUCUGGUUUUGACUGAGGGCUCUUUGAAAGGUGAUAGGACACUUUUAGAAAUCCCUGUUUCUAUUGAUGAGUUGAAUGAAUUCUAAUUAUUAAUAUCAUGCUGUAAAUGAGUUGUGUUGUCAUUACUGUUGAACCAAAAAGCUUCAGAUGUUGCUUCAAGGUCAACGUACACGGUAUUUUCCACCAAUUACACACCAAAGCCAAUGUCCCAUUCGAAUUUGAUAGACCUAAUACAACAUUUUGAGAAAUACUGUGACACUGGAUCAUGACCCGUAAAUUUGAUGUUAACAGCCUUUUUCUUAUUCGGUCUAAACAGUAUUUUAGUGGCUCACAGUCCUUAAGAUACUAAGCUAUACAGAUUCUUCAGUAAUGGACAGAUAGAUUCAUAAACCUGGCUACUGUGAGAUGUGUCGCUAUAUACAGAAUAUAUUUAUUUGUGAAAGGCCUGGGAAAGGGUCAGGAGCCAUUCAAAUACUUAAUAUCUUAGAUCGAUUGUGUUGGAUGGAGUAAUUACCUGUGUAACGUAAACGUUUUUGUAAAUCAAAAUGUACACUCUAAUUACACUUACAUUGUUGUAUUAUCCAGAAUUCCAACAUGGCAUCAUGACUUUGCGUAAACAUACACGCCAGUUUCCUAAAGCCAAAUGGCGUGUUAUCUGUACGCAUUUUGAGCUAUCCACGUGUAUGUCUACGCUGU